UUAUUCUCUUUGGUGAGUGACCGAGAGAAGGAGACGAAGGAGGGGUGGAGAUAGACAGAGCGAGAGAGAGAGCGACAGUAAACUCUUCCAGGCGCUCAGAUCCUGGUUGUGGUGGAGACACCCAGGGGCAGAGCAUUCCUGAGGCAGGCAGCCAGACGGAGCGAGAAUACAGAAGCCGCGACAUCCUUCAUACCUCUUGGUCACCACGUCGGACUGCCUCUGACCUCUUCUUCUUGACGGACUGUCCUUACUUCCUGUCACACACACAGAUGCGUGCAAGCGCUGCCUUGCAUACACUGGGAGUGUUGCUCUCUGCUAUUGUCAGAAGUAAAGGCAGGGAAACUCUGAGAUCUUAACACGGACAGAAGACUCAAGGCAGUGAAAAGAAGAUAUUUUUUUCUGGAAUCAGUGCCAUGCAACGUUAAGCUGAGGCAAGCCAAACUGAAGUGAGUCCGUUUGGAAGACCAUCUUACCAAUCACCUUGCCCCGCUUGGUCGCUGAUGGAGCUCAAAGUGUGGGUGGAUGGAGUAGUGCGGGUGGUAUGUGGCCUAUCAGAAGAGACAUCCUGCCAGGAUGUGGUCAUUGCUCUGGCCCAAGCGAUAGGUCAGACCGGUCGCUAUGUCUUGAUUCAACGUCUUCGGGAUACAGAGAGACAGUUGCUUGCCACAGAAAGACCCCUUGAGUCUGUGGCCAAGUUAGGCCAGCAUGGGAAUGAGGUUCAGUUCUUCCUACGUCGAACUGGCCCAAGCAGCAGCGAUGGGCCUGGCUCAAAACAAGACAAACUGAGCCCUCUCCCCCUGCCAAAAUAUCCUGAGCAGGACCUUUCAAAAUCCAACCAGCCCAAGAAAUCUCUCACAUUUAACUUGGGGCCAUCCACUUCUCACAGAGCCAAACCUUUUCAGAGGUCUCCUCGGGACUCUCCUGAGCAAAGAGCCUCGCCUUCAUCUUCUCCCAUCCCUACUUCCCAUCAUGCUCCAUCUUCCUCGCCACCAAUAGGCCCAUCCAAAGAGGAAGUUUUUAGGAAGGUUCUUCAGCAGCAGGAAAGACUGAGGGCAAUCGAAGAACAGCUGGAAACCCUAGAAAGGGAGUCCGACACACGGGAGCACCACUGCUCCUCUCCGUGUCCUUCACCCAUGUCCGUCCACUUCCAAGAGGAGUUGGACACUUUGGAGCAAACAAUGCGGAAGAACCAAGCUGAGCUUGCCCACCAACAGUACUGGGAGGAAGAGCUUCAAGCUGAGACGGAGAGGGAACAAGAAAUGAGGAGAAAGCUAGGAGAGCUCCACACAAAGCUGGAUGACUGCGGAAGGCGGCUCCACGAGUUCUCUGUGCGCUCCACACAGCUGGAGCAAGAGAUCCAGAAGGAAAGUCAGUUGGAGGCCAAAAGCAAAGGGCCAGAGGAAUCACUUGAUGCUGUGAAAGCAGAGCUUUGGAGCCAGGAGACGCAUGGAACAGAGUUAGAGGUGCAACUAUCUGAGACUGAUAAGGCUCUGGGGAAGGCAGAGUCUCUGCUGCAGGGCAAACAUGAGGAGCUGGAGGAGUUGAAUAAGGAUCUGCGGCAGUGUAACCUGCAGCAGUUUAUCCAGCAAGCCGGCGUCUUGCCUGCGCACAGCAACUCGCGCACGGAUCUUCAAGAGCAACUUGAGCAGUUGGAACUUGCACAUCUUCUGCAGGAUGGAUACAGGAAUGGAAGUAGUGGUAUGACUGCAGCGGAAUCUCCGCCUCGUCCCACUGCCAAACAGUUCCUGGGUCAUCCACGUAACUUGCAGAAUCCCCUGGUGUCCAGUCUCAACCCCGAGGGUGACUGAUGGAAAAGUACACCCUUGCAUGCAGAGGGAAAUGUGCCAAACAUCCUGGCCUCACGUCUGCUGCUCUCCCGGCUGAUGGAACUGAAUAAAUGAACAAGAUAGGACAUCAAUUGGGCCUUUCGGGACCUGACUAGCAAGGACUGCUGUAUGAGAAAACUUGUAUUUUUGGAUAGAAGGAAACAAAAUCCUUGAUCUUCACUUUUCCUACAGUGUGCAUCCACAUGCAUGUUUGAACAAUUCUGCUUGUGGACCUUAUGCGCUUAUUUAGAAAUAUUCCUAAGUGUCAUGUCUAUAUUUAAAAUGGACAUGAGAUGACCAGCUUGGAUGUAAUAUUGCAUUAUAUACAUUAUAGGGAGAAUGUAGAGCUGUCUGCCUUUGUCUGAGGUUACAUCAUCUCCAAAUCAUUGUGCUGGUGCCACUGUCUAGACUGCACUGUUCCAUCUCUGCCGCCCUCUUGUGGACAAAAGUAGUAGAAGCCUAUCAAUUCCAAAAGUUCCUCCUGCUGCCAUAAUAAAAAAGUUAAAAGAACCACUGAUAGACACACACACACUAAGUGAGGUAAAAGUAUCCUCUGCAUUUCACCCAUCCCCUUGAUCACCCCUUGGGAGGUGAGGGGAGCAGUGAGCAGCUGCGGUGGCCGUUCCCGGGAAUCAUUUUUGGCGAUUUAACCCCCAAUUCCAACCCUUGAUGCCGAGUGCCAAGUAGGGAGGUAAUGGGUCCCAUUUUUAUAGUCUGGUAUGAACCACAAGGCAACUGAGCAGGUCUUAAGAAGUAGUUUCCAUACCGGGAGUCAGGUAUUGACUUCCCUAUACCAUAAUCCAUCCGUUUUCUACCGCUUGUCCCUUUCGGGGUCGCUGGAGCCUAUCUCAGCUGCAUUCGGGUGGAAGGCGGCGUACACCCUGGACAAGGCGGCCCCUCAUCGCAGGGCCAACACAGAUAGACAGACAACAUUCACACUCACAUUCACACACUAGGGCCAAUUUAGUGUUGCCAAUCAACCUAUCCCCAGGUGCAUGUCUUUGGAAGUGGGAGGAAGCCGGAGUACCGGGGGGGAACCCACGCAGUCACGGGGAGAACAUGCAAACUCCACAGGACCUUCGUAUUGUGAGGCACACGCACUAACCCCUGUUCAACCGCGCUGCACCGUAUACCAUAAUAUUUUUCAUAAUAUAUCUCAUUAAUAUCGAGUAAAUUGUCUUUCUACAAAGUGCGGCGGACCACAAAUGGCCCAGGUGGCCGCACUUUGUGCACCCCUUGGGCCCAAAAGGGGCAUCACAUGUGUUCUCUGAGUGAUGGGAUUGUUCAGUUUGAAGGUUAGCAGGUCUGACAUUUAGCCAGGGAUUCUUUUAUGAAAAUUGUGUUUUUGAAUGCAACAUUUUUAGAAAUAUGAUGUAAAUCAGCUGAGAUAUGCUCCAGCACCCCCCGCGACCCCGAAAGGGACAAGCAGUAGAAAGCCCAAACUUCCCUCCUCCCCAACCACUUUGGCACUCAUCGAGGGCGGACGCUCCCCUUUCCUCUCCCUUAUCUCUCCUGCUUGCUUCUUUGUUUUGUCUUGUCUUAACUUUCUUGUUGCCUCUUUUUGCUCUGCUCUCCAAAUCUAAACAUUGGAACUAUUUAACUGGCCUCAACAAAAUUGACAAGAUCUUGGGUUCGGGGGAACCUGCUGUGGUGACCAAGCGGUUGUUGCUGGACACACCACGGACUCUUGGGAGAAGAAGGAGUGCCGCGUGACUGUCGACCCUUUUUUGUCGACAACGUGACGAUAUCCACCUAUUCAGAAUUAUGACAACAGGACAUCUGCUGAUUGGAGUAAGCGUUGCUCUGGUUUGUCAACAAAUUGGAAGUCGCUGGCAGUCUUGAAAGUACCCCAAAGCUGCCACAAAUGAUUGGAGGAUGCGGGAAGAACUGUGGAUCACAUUAGACUGCCUACCUCCGCAGUUUUUGAGGACCAGUCAUAGACAAUUUAGAGUGAAAAGCAAAUUUUAUUUUCACCCGCAUAAAAAACAUUCUAACUUGGAUUGUUUCCCAGGCUUCGAGACUCUCCCGAAGGGCAGCGCAGUGAGGACACAACAAACUCCCUUUUUGUCUUUCAUGGACACGCACCUGUUGUUGUUGUCAUUGGAUUAGCGGCUGCAAUACAUCAAGGCCGUGGAACAGAGACACACAACGGGCUCACACACACACACACAUCCACAAAAAUAUACGCCACACAUACACACCCCAUCACCCCGACCCAACGCCCUCGACGCAAAUCCUAUAGGGGUGAUGAAUGGACGGUCAGCGCCUGAGAGCUGCGGCCUACCACCAUGACCUUGAACUCCCUUCCCUCUGUUGCUAGAUAUCUCGAGAUGUAUGUUGUAAUACGUAUAUGUGCUUUGCUAUGGAGGUUUUUUUCCCACUCCAGACUGGGCCCCCUUAGGAGCCCAGUCUUGAUUGUAUUUUUUUACUCAUCUUCCCCCAGCGCUUACCUUUUUCCCAUCUUUUACGGGGCGCCUUAUGGCGACCCAUCAGCAUUCUUGUUCUGUAACCCUGUACACUGUUUGUCUAAUGUUGAACAGGUUUUGUGCUGAAAACAAAGUUUCGUUGUACUUGUGCAAUGACAAUGAAGACCAAUCCUGUCCUAUCCUAAGGGUUGGAAUUGGGGGUUAAAUCACCAAAAUGAUUCCCAGGCACAGACACCGCUGUUGCUCACUGCUCCCCUUACCUCCCAGGGGGUUGAACAAGGGGAUGGGUCAAAUGAAGAGGAAAAAUUUUACACCUAGUGUGUUUGUGACAAUCAUUGGUAUUUUAACUUUAACUUAAGCUCAUGACCAUAGGUGAGGAUGGGAACGUGGAUCGACCAGUAAAUUGAGAGCUUUGCCUUCCGGCUCAGCUCCUUCUUCAUCAUGACGGAUCGAUACAGUAUCCGCAUUACACAAGACGCCGAUCCGCCUGUCGAUCUCACAAUCCACUCCUCCCUCACUUGUGAACAAGACUCCGAGCUACUUGAACUCUUCCAACUGGGGCAAGAUCUACACCAGGGGUCGGGAACCUUUUUUUGCUGAGAAAGCCAUGAAAGCCAAAUAUUUUAAAAUGUAUUUUCGUGUGAGCCAUAUAAUGUUUUUAACACAGAAUACAACUGUCAGGUUCAAACACUGAUGACAUUUAUUAAACAGACAAGAAGCAAGGAAUUAAACGGAGACUGGAUUCAAUUUAGCUCAAUGAGGAGAAACGUGUAGACCUGUACCCUUGUACAGUGUCUUCUCACGUCUACGCCUCCUCUUUUAUUUGGACUUUCCCUGAAUUCACACAAUCAAACGCGUACAUCUCUUAUUCUUUUUAAUAACAUUUUUAUUCUGAAGGUAACCAAUAAUAAAUAAAAUACUUCUGACCAUUAAUGCGACGUCUUGAACAGGUGCGAUAGAAAGGGAUGGAUGGAUUAAAAUGCAUGAGAAUGUUUUAUAUUUUCAACGUUAUUUUUAACACUGUGAUUACCAGCGGAAUUAUUCAUUACUUAUCGUGUUAAGCAACGUCAACAAAGAUUUAUCUGAGAGCCGGAUGGGAUCAUCAAAAGAGCCACAUCUGGCUCGCGAGCCAUAGGUUCCCUACCCCUGAUCUACACCAUUCUCCGGGCGAGAACCAUAAAACAUAAACAAAUGUAAUAAUAGAUAGACUUAAAGUUGUUCAAAAGAUUUUAAACAUUGAAAGUAAAAAAAAAUAAUAAUAAAAAGAUUAAUGAUGAUAUUUACUGUUUUUAGGCAUCAAACUACAUUUCUGCCAGUGGGUGCUCGAUGUGUGUGUAUUGAAGAAAAAAAAAUAGACGUUCAAAUAUGAUUUGUGGCUAUUAUUUUUUCAAAAUGGACCAAACUGGCCACAAAAUUCACUACAACAAGAUGACAUUUUCAAAAAUUAUUUUGAAGGUUGAAAGUUGCCAUCAAUCCCACGUGGGUGCACAACAUUGUCCGUGGGUGCUCGGGCCCCAAGGCAUCUUAAACUUGCACAAAACGUCACGUGCCUGUGCGUCUGUUUUCAACCAAAAGUGACUACACUGCUUCAUAUUGCAUGUUUUAUUUGGUAAAAACAACAGCAUCUUAAAAAAAAAAAACACUUCAUUACACAGGACAUGGAAUACUUUUUGGACUUCCUUUUUGCAUCCUAUCUAAGUACACUUCCUGCACAGAUUUCGGACUGACCAUACCGCCAUAAGGGGAAUAAACAACUGGACAUUCACCAGCUCCUGCCGUGUAGUCCUGGGCUGAUUCCUCACUUUUCUUACCAUGAGUGCUGCCUCACGAGGAGAGAUCUUACAUGGGGCCUCACUCCGAGGCAGAUUAGCAGCCAUGUUUAGCCUUUUCCAUUUUAUAACAGGGCAGAACGGUGGACCAGGGGUUAGUGCAGGGGUAGGGAACCUAUGGCCCUAGAGCCAGAUGUGGCUCUUUUGAUGACUACAUAUGGCUCUCAGAUAAUUAUAUUUAUAUAGCGCUUUUCUCUAGUGACUCAAAACACUUUACAAAGUGACACCCAAUAUCUAAGUUCCAUUUAAAGCUGUGUGGGUGUCACUGAGGGCAGUUGUGUAAAGUGUCUUGCUCAAGGACACAACGGCAGUGACAAGGAUGGCGGAAGCGGGAAUCGAACCUGGAACCCGCAGGUUGUUAGCACGGCCACUCUACCAACCGAGCUAUACCGAGUAACCGUGUAAUACUCUUCCGUAUCAGUAGGUGGCAGUCGGUAGCUAAUUGCUUUGUAGAUGUGGGAAACAGCGGGAGGCAGGGUGCAGGUAAGAAGGUGUCUAAUGCUUAAACCAGGGGUAGGGAACCUAUGGCUCUAAAGCCAGAUGUGGCUCUUUUGAUGACUACAUAUGGCUCUCAGAUAAUUAUAUUUAUAUAGCGCUUUUCUCUAGUGACUCAAAGCACUUUACAAAGUGACACCCAAUAUCUAAGUUACAUUUAAACCAGUGUGGGUGUCACUGAGGGCAGGUGGGUAAAGUGUCUUGCCCAAGGACACAACGGCAGUGACUAGGAUGGCGGAAGCGGGAAUCGAACCUGGAACCCGCAGGUUGUUAGCACGGCCACUCUACCAACCGAGCUAUGCCGAGUAACCGUGUAAUACUCUUCCAUAUCAGUAGGUGGCAGUCGGUAGUUAAUUGCUUUGUAGAUGUGGGAAACAGCGGGAGGCAGAGUGCAGGUAAAAAGGUGUCUAAUGCUUAAAGCAGGGGUAGGGAACCUAUGGCUCUCAGAUAAAUCUUAGCUGACAUUGCUUAACACGAUAAGUAAUGAAUAAUUCCGCUGGUAAUCACAGUUUCAAAAAUAACAUUCAAAUUAUAAAACAUUCUCAUGCAUUUUAAUCCAACCAUCCGUUUUCUACCGCACCUGUUCAAGAUGUCGCAUUAAUGGUAAGAAGUAUUAUAUGUAUUAUUGGUUAACUUUUAUGAUAACAAGGUUGUUAAAAAGAAUAAGAGACUUAUUAUACUCUACAAAUGUUGGUCAUACUUAAAAAUGCACAAAUUUAGUUGUAUUCAGUGUUGAAAAAUGUUAUAUGGCUCUUACGGAAAUAGUGAAGUGAAUUAUAUUUAUAUAGCGCUUUUCUCUAGUGACUCAAAGCGCUUUACAUAGUGACACCCAAUAUCUAAGUUACAUUUAAACCAGUGUGGGUGGCACUGGGAGCAGGUGGGUAAAGUGUCUUGCCCAAGGACACAACGGCAGUGACUAGGAUGGCGGAAGCGGGAAUCGAACCUGCAACCCUCAAGUUGCUGGCACGGCCACUCCACCAACCGAGCUAAACCGCCCGAACAAAUACGUUGUGAAAUAUUUGGCUUUCAUGG